UGGCUUCCACAGAGUUGCACUGGCGACUUUGGCGCUCUUGGGGUUGGGUGAGCGGCAUCUUGGGGUCCACAUGAGCCAAUGGCAUGGUGCCCGCGGCGGCUGGGGUCGGGGCCGGGGCCGCGGCUUUUCUGGACGUUCGUCGACCAAGAAGAAGGGCGGGAACCACAUCCCCGAAAGAUGGAAAGACUAUCUCCCAGUUGGACAGAGGAUGCCUGGGACUCGUUUCAUUGCUUUCAAAGUUCCUUUGAAAAAGAGUUUUGAAGAGAAACUUGCUCCAGAAGAACGUUUUACUCCCUUGGAUCUUUUUAACAAAAUCCAAGAACAGAAUGAAGAACUUGGACUGAUUAUUGAUUUAACAUAUACUCGCCGCUAUUAUAAACCAGAGGAUUUACCAGAAACUAUUCCUUACUUAAAAAUUUUUACGAUUGGGCAUCAGGUGCCUGAUGAUGACACUAUUUUUAAAUUCAAAUGUGCUGUUAAUGGGUUUUUGAAAGAAAAUAAAGAUAAUGACAGACUUAUUGGUGUCCACUGUACCCAUGGUUUAAACAGAACUGGCUACCUCAUCUGCAGAUAUUUGAUUGAUGUACAAGGCAUGAGACCAGAUAAUGCAAUUGAAUUAUUCAAUAGGUGCCGGGGACAUUGCAUAGAAAGACAAAACUACAUUGAAGACCUUCUGAAUGGUCCCAUCAGAAGGGAUCGGAAUUCCAGUGUAUCGAGAUCAAGAGGUUUUGAAUACUCAACGUAUAUGAUGGAACCAGCCCAAACCACUAAUAAGGCUGUUAACCACAGACCUAGGAAUAACGUACAUUGGACCCAAGGUUACCCAACACCUUCUCGGCAUUUCCACACCCAAACCCAAGACUUACAGCAGUCAGUAAGAAAAUUUUCACAGAAUCAGAACAUUUACCAGAGAGGCCAUAACCCUCCUCCUGGCCCCCCUGGAGAGGACUAUUCACAAAGGAGGUACUCUUGGAAUGUACAGCCAAAUGCCAACCAAGCAGUCCAGAGUCAGAGGUGGUGUCCUGGCAGUUACUAUGGACUACCCUACCCAGCCUAUUAUGGAUGGACUGAAUGACACAAACCUGCACUGGAAAUCUAUCUGGAGACAGGAAUGAAGACUGUUGGAGUGACUUUUUAUAAGAUCAGGUCAAAAGAGAACACACAGAUGGAUCACUUAGGAGGUGUUAAUUAUUUUCAGUUGCAGAGAAAGCCAAAAACUUUUGUUUGCUUAAUAAAGUGUCUUCACAUCAUGACAUCAAAAGCCUCAGGAGAUAUCUGAUGAAUACUUGGGAAAUGCUCUAACUCAGCUACUUCCCUCUCUGAGUCUAAUUAGCUCAGUGAAGUUGCUACCCUUCAUCAGUGAUGGCUCAUAAAGUUUUUCUUUGCCUGGCACAUUGAACAGAGAUAGAAGUGUUGAUGCUAAAGGGCUGGUCCUACAUCAUGAAAGCUCACUUGAAAGUAAUUGGAGCAAGACAACU